AUGGGUCUUUUCUCUAUGCAGCAUCACCCCCACCAUCAGCCCCAGGGUCACGCACCUACACAGCAGCAGCAGCAACAUCUGCAGCAGCACCAGCAACAUCCUCGACCCUCGAGCGUUGUUCAUCAACAGCAUCAUCCCCAGGCCCAGUCGCAGCAGCAUCCCUCCUACGCCUCCGCCGGACACCCAAUUGCUCCCGCCUACCAGCAGCAGCAGAGCCAGCCCUCCAACGCCCAGCAGCAGCACUCCCAGGACGGCCUUCCCUACUACGCGCAUCCGAGUCCCUACAGCACCCCAGGCGCGACAAGCGGAUACACAUCCGCUGCAGACCAAUCCGACAUGAUGGCCGCCGCUCAAAUGCCGAGACCACCUUACCCUCCCAUGUCCUACCACACACCGCAGUCGAACUCGCCCGCGUCGGUAGCCUCGCCUUCCCAACAUGACCAGCACAGAAGCAUCUACGGCCAGCCGCCGUCUCAACCUCUCCAGCAGCACAUGUACUACCAGACGCCGCAAGCCCACUACCCGUCGAUGCAGGCGCAACCCCAACAGUCUCCCUACGCGCAACACCAGGCUCAGACCCACCAGUCCAUGUCUUCGCAGCCCAACAUGAUGAUGUCUGCGCAGUCCCAGCAGCAGCAGCAACACAUGCCCCAGCACCAGGCGCAACAACACCAGGCCCAGAUGACCAACAGCCCCCGCGGCCAGAUGAAGACGGAGCCCCAGGUGCCGCUGCAGCUCCAGAAGCCUCAGACGACUCCCAUGCAACACCAGCAGCACCCUCAGAACGGCGCUGCUCUCAACACCCCCACAGGAUCGACUCCUGGCGGUGUCAACCCCAAUGCGGCGCCUGGACCCAUUCCGGCCACUACGCCUUUGGUUGUAAGACAAGACCAGAACGGUGUUCAAUGGAUCGCGUUUGAGUACUCUCGCGACCGUGUCAAGAUGGAGUACACCAUCCGCUGCGAUGUUGAGUCGGUCAACACGGACGAGCUCUCGGCCGAAUUCAAGACGGAGAACUGCGUUUACCCCAGAGCCUGUUGCCCCAAGGACCAAUACCGAGGCAACCGCCAAGUAUACGAGACCGAGUGCAACACGGUCGGAUGGGCUCUUGCUCAGCUGAACCCUCCUCUGCGCGGCAAGAGAGGUCUUAUCCAGCGCGCCGUGGACAGCUGGCGCAACAGCAACCAAGACCCCCGGCUCCGAAGCCGAAGAGUGCGCCGAAUGGCCAAGAUGAACACCCGGAAAUCGGUUCAGGGCGGCCCUCACCCUGCUCACAUGGGCGGCCCCAGUCCGCCAGGGAUGGCUCAAGGUGCUGGUGGCAUGGGCCCCGCGGGUGCAUCAGCCAAGAUGCCUGGAAUGAACAUGGGUCAUAUGCCGCACACCAACGCUCCGGGUGGAGGGGAUGAAGUCGGUAUGUUUCACCAGAUGUGA